ACUACUAUUUAUUUUUCUCUUUUGGCUAGUGAGAGAGUAUCUGGUGGGUUUCGAGCUGUGAUUUAGCUGUCUUCUCUCUCAUCACUUUCACACGCUCCUCCAAAAUCCCUAGAAAAAUCCCUUCCUUCACAGUUCACAAUCUCAAAACCCCCCUCAUUCCAUCCACACCCACACCCACAUUUUCAAAAACACUUUAAUCCAUCAUCCUCAUUUCUUCUUCUCCCUUUUUUUUUUUUGUUAUAUACAAAGUUUAUCGAAACAUUUUACUAAUUAUUAUCAUUAUAUAAUUCAUGUAUCAUCAGAUAGAUGUCUAAUUUGCUGUUGAAAUGAAGAAGAGCAUCUUAUCUGUAUUUUUAGUAGUUGUGGUGCUAGCAGUGUUUUCAUUUGGUGGUCUUGUCUCGUGUGUUUCCGAUAUUAAUGAUGUGAGUGUUUCUGGUGGGUUGACCGACAAUGAAGCACUCCAACGACGACAGCUUUUGUAUUAUCUAGACGAGUUUGGUGACCGGGGAGAAAAUGUUACAGUAGAUCCUAGUUUGGUUUUUGAAAACCUCAGGAUUAGAAAUGCUUACAUUGCUUUACAAGCAUGGAAGCAAGCUAUCCUCUCAGAUCCGAACAAUCUGACUACAGAUUGGGUCGGAUCUGAUGUUUGUAGCUAUACCGGGGUGUUUUGCGCCCCGGCUCCUGAUAACCGGUCCGAAAGAACCGUGGCCGGUAUCGACCUUAAUCAUGGUGACAUUGCCGGUUAUUUGCCUGAAGAAUUAGGCUUGUUAACCGAUCUGGCUUUGUUUCAUAUCAAUUCCAACCGGUUUUGUGGCACUAUUCCGAAAAAGUUUAAAAAACUGAAGAUAUUGUUUGAGCUUGAUAUCAGUAACAACCGGUUUGCUGGUAAAUUUCCUCAUGUUGUGUUAAAGUUACCCAAAUUAAAGUUUUUAGAUCUGCGGUUUAAUGAGUUUGAAGGGAGUGUGCCUAAGGAGUUAUUUGAUAAAGAUUUGGAUGCUAUUUUUAUUAAUCAUAACAGGUUUAGGUUCGAGUUACCGGAUAAUUUCGGCAAUUCACCGGUUUCUGUUAUAGUGUUGGCGAAUAACCGGUUUCAUGGGUGUUUGCCAGCGAGUAUUGGGAACAUGUCCGACACUUUGAAUGAGAUAAUUAUGAUGAAUAAUGGGUUAAGGUCGUGUGUUCCGGAUGAAAUUGGGAUGUUGAAUAAUGUAACGGUGUUUGAUGUUAGUUUUAAUGAGCUCAUGGGUCCGUUGCCAGAGAGUAUUUCGGGCAUGGUUAGUGUGGAACAGCUGAAUGUGGCCCAUAACUACUUGACGGGGACUAUACCCGAAAGUAUUUGCAAGUUGCCGCGGUUGGAGAACUUCACGUUUUCGGAUAAUUUCUUCACUGGUGAACCGCCGGUUUGUUUGAGUUUAAGUGCGUUUGAUGAUCGACGGAAUUGCUUGCCUUCUAGGCCGGCUCAGCGGUCGCCUAAUCAGUGUAAGCUUAUGGCUUCCAAGAAGAUACAUUGUAGUGCAUUUAGGUGUGCUCCGUUUGUUCCAUCAAUCCCUCCACCUCCACCGCCUGUCCCCGUGCCUUCACCGCCUAUUGUUACCCCUUCGCCACCUGUUGUGAUACCAUCUUCGCCUCCACCACCUGUUUAUACACCACCGUUUCCUUCGCCACCACCCCCAUCUCCACCGCCACCACCUCCUCCUGUUUAUUCGCCUCCACCGCCUCCACCAUCUCCCCCACCUCCAGUUUACUCUCCCCCUCCGCCCCCACCGUCACCUCCACCACCUGUAUACUCGCCCCCACCACCACCUCCUCCACCACCACCUGUAUAUUCGCCUCCACCUCCCCCACCGCCUCCUCCACCCUCACCACCACCACCUGUAUAUUCGCCCCCACCGCCUCCACCCUCACCACCACCACCUGUAUAUUCGCCCCCACCGCCUCCUCCACCGCCUCCACCCUCACCACCACCACCUGUAUAUUCGCCCCCACCUCCUCCACCUUCACCGCCUCCACCAUCACCCCCACCUCCGCCACCACCUGUUAUGUCACCACCACCACCGCCUCCUCCCCCUCCACCGCCGGUUAUGUCACCACCACCAAUUCCUUAUUGUGUAAGACCACCACCUCCACCACCACCAACUUCGUCUCCACCUCCACCACCCGCUAUGUCCCCACCGCCGCCACAACCUUAUUACUAUAAUUCACCACCACCGCCAUCACCCCCUCAUUCACCACCCCCACCUCACUCACCGCCUCCACCGCCACACUCACCACCUCCCCCACCAAAAUACAUCUAUUCAUCACCUCCACCACCACCAAAAUACAUCUAUUCAUCACCUCCACCACCAGUACACCACUCGCCGCCGCCUCCAACCCAUUCACCUCCACCACCAUUACCACCUCUUUGUAUAGAACCCCCACCGCCACCACCACCUCCUUGCAUUGAAUACUCUCCGCCCCCUCCCUCACCUACCCUCCCACCACCUCCAGUCCACCAUAAUUCACCACCACCACCAGUCCACCAUAAUCCAUCACCACCACCAAUAGUAUACGAAAGCCCUCCACCACCAGCACCUGCAUAUGAAGGCCCACUACCUCCAGUAAUUAGUGUAUCGUAUGCUUCCCCUCCACCACCCCCUUUCUAUUGAUUCUUUAAUAGAAUUUUCCCAUAAUUCUCGUGCUCAAACAAACACACCCUGCAAUUAGAGUCUAUACAAAUUGUUGAAUUUUUCAUCACCGUAUAGUGAUGACAAACAUAAAGAAGUUAUAAGAUUUUUGCGGGUAUUUUUACAUAUAAAUAUAUAUAUAUAUAUAUAUCUUGAUUGAUGAUCAUCCUUGUGACGAACGAGAAGCAGCAGCAUAGGUAAAGAGGUGGAGGUGGAAGAUUCUUUCAUUCCCCCAAUAUUUAUUCGAAAUUGUUAUGGGAUAAAAUUCGAUUUGUGAAAAUAAAAAAUUGUCAGGGAUAAUUUGUAGGUUGCAGACAAGUUUUAUCAUAUGUAUAGAGAUUAUCAUCCAUCAUCA